ACCAAAUUCUAAUUACAAUCCAUAAGGCCAUCUCCCCCUCCACAAACAACUAUAUUCUUUCAAGAAAAAAGUGUGGAUUAUAAAGAUGUUGACAAACCCUUUGGUGGAAAAUACUACGGGAAAAACAGCAUCAGACAACACCGAUCAGACAACGGUUUGUCCGGGCAAAAAUAUUAGUAGUACUAGUCAUGCUUCUUUGGCUUACAAAGAGUUGAAGUGCAUAUCCAGCAUUUCUCUUCCCAUGAUGCUGACAGGGCUGAUUCUGUACUCAAGGUCCAUGAUCUCGAUGAUCUUCCUCGGCCGCCUUGGCGAGCUUUCACUGGCUGGCGGCGCCUUAGCUAUCGGAUUUGCUAAUAUCACAGGGUACUCGAUUCUGUCAGGGCUGGCCAUGGGAAUGGAGCCUAUUUGUGGCCAGGCUUUCGGAGCCAAAAGAUUUAAACUUCUUGGCCUCGUCAUGCAAAGAACAAUUCUUUUACUCCUUCUCGUCUCGAUUCCAAUUGCCUUUCUCUGGUGUAACAUGAAGAAAAUCUUGAUAUUUUGCGGCCAAGAAGAUGAAAUCGCAACACAAGCUCAAUUAUACAUUUUUUACUCCCUUCCUGAUUUAUUUGCUCAGUGUCUUCUUCACCCUUUACGUAUAUAUCUCCGGUCACAGUCCAUAACGUUACCAUUAACCUUCUGUGCAACUCUGUCAAUCAUUCUCCACAUACCGAUCAAUUACUUUCUUGUUUCAGUCCUAAAUCUUGGUAUCAAAGGCGUUGCCCUUAGCGGGGUCUGGACAAAUUUCAACCUUGUCGGAUCACUGAUCGUGUAUAUUAUGGUCUCCGGGGUCUACAAUAAAACAUGGGGAGGCAUUACCACAGAAUGCAUAAAGGAAUGGAAGCCUUUGCUAAACUUAGCCAUUCCCAGCUGCAUUUCGGUAUGUCUCGAAUGGUGGUGGUACGAAAUCAUGAUUUUAUUAUGCGGAUUAUUGAUAAAUCCGCGAGCAACCGUGGCUUCCAUGGGAAUUUUGAUUCAGACCACCUCUUUAAUCUACAUUUUCCCAUCUUCACUAAGCUUUGGUGUAUCGACAAGAGUUGGAAACGAACUCGGGGCAAAUCAGCCUAAAAAGGCCAAACUCGCGACAAUAGUAGGCCUUGCCUCAAGUUUCACACUCGGGUUCUCAGCGUUAUUUUUUGCAAUUAUGGUGAGAAAUGUCUGGGCCAAAAUGUUCACUCUUGACGCGGAUAUAAUUGCUCUGACAUCGAUGGUUCUGCCAAUAAUCGGGCUCUGUGAGCUAGGAAACUGCCCGCAGACAACAGGGUGCGGUGUCCUGAGAGGAACGGCUCGGCCCAAGCUAGGUGCAAAUAUUAAUCUAGGCUGCUUUUAUUUGGUAGGAAUGCCUGUGGCAUUGUGGCUAGGAUUCUACGCAGGGCUGGAUUUCAGAGGAUUGUGGCUCGGGCUCUUAGCAGCUCAGGGCUCGUGUGUCGUGGCCAUGUUUAUCAUCAUUAGCCGAACCGACUGGGACCAUCAAGCCCGGAGAGCUCAAGAGCUGACAGGAUCCACAGAUGUUGAUGAUCCUGCAGAGGAUGAAACAGUACUUGUAGAUGACCAGAGUAAAGCAAAUUUGAAACAGAAUGUCAAUGUAAAAAAUGAUAGUCCAUUUAAUUUAGUUUAGUUCUUUAAUUUAGAUUUUUAGGUUCAUUAACUUUAUUCGUAAAGAUUGUAUUCAUAUGAUAUUUUGAUAUAGAUUUUUUGAAACACUUUUAUUUUUCA